AUGAAUGUGAGCAGAGACAAGGUCGGUGACAUCUCCAUCCCGGCAGCGGCAGCCGCGGCGGUGACAGCGGCCGGCAUCGGCGGGGAGUCCUGCGGCUUGCACGGGGAAGGCAUGGACAGCCAUGGGGAGCAGCGGCUCUCGGCCGGCGGCGAGCUGCCGCUCUACUCCUGCCCUGGGAACCGGGACAGGCAAGGGGACAGCCAGAGCAACACUCCCGGACAAGAGGGGGCAGUGGCCGCGCUGCCCGCGGUGCACAGAACCACCUCCUUCUCCGUGCUCGACAUCCUGGACCCUAACAAGUUCAACAGCAAACGGAGGCACUGCGCGGGCUUGUACAAAUCGGUGGGGACCGAGUUCACGCUGGGGGCAGAGGAUAAACCCGAGGACUCAGGGACGGAGCUGGCCGAGCAAAAGGCUCUCACCGAAGACUUCGAGGCGUGCAAGAAGCCCGCAGGCCUGAUCAAGGACGGCGAGCUCUACAAGGCCGAGGAGUGCGACCUCGACUACAGCAGCCGGCCGAGCCGCAGCCCCGACAGCGAGCUGCCGGACGACGAGGAGCUGUGCAGCGAGGAGAGCAGCAGUACCAGCAGCACCAGCAGCUCGGCGGCAUCCGGCGAGGCAGACCCGGGCCACCUCCACGCCGAGGCCGGCGAGGCAGGCGGCAUCCCCCCGCCUCCACCGCCACCACCACCGCCCCCUCCGCCCCAGCAGCCGGCGGCGGGUCCCGGUGGGACGCAGCAGAGCCAGGGGGCCAAGCCCAAGAGGAAGCGGACGGGCUCGGACUCCAAGUCGGGGAAGCCCCGUCGGGCGCGGACAGCUUUCACCUACGAGCAGCUGGUGGCGCUGGAGAACAAGUUCAAGUCCACGCGGUACCUGUCGGUCUGCGAGCGCCUCAACCUGGCGCUGUCCCUCAGCCUCACCGAGACGCAGGUCAAGAUUUGGUUCCAGAACCGCCGCACCAAGUGGAAGAAGCAGAACCCGGGGGCCGACACCAGCGCUCCGACGGGCGGCGGCGGGGCGGGCGGCGGGGCGGGAGGCGGGCUGGGCGGCGGGGCGCUGCCCGGCGGGCUCAGCCCCCUCAGCCACUCGCCGCCCAUGGGCAACCCGCUCUCCAUGCACGGGCCCGGCGGCUACGCCGGACACCCAGCGGGCGGGCUGGUGUGCGCCGCUCAGCUGCCGUUCCUGCCCAGCCCCGCCGUCCUCUCGCCUUUCGUCCUGGGCUCGCAGACUUACGGCGCUCCGGCCUUCUACACCCCGCACCUAUAA